AUGGACUUCUUUACGACACCAGCGUAUACACUGGAGCAAAUAUUGGCGGUGUCAACUAUCCAUCCCUUCUACAACCCAAGCAUUCGAUUCCCACCAACACAAACUGAGAUAGAUGCAGUCACUGAUAAGAAUCGGAACAAACAAUUUCCAGAUCUGGAGAGUUUACCCCUCAUAAAGAAAGAGAAUCUGUACGAAACCAUCCAACGGUUGAUAGCAGAUGACACACCUAACAACAGUUUUCGCCAUGCUUCUUAUAUCAGCACCACUGGCGGCGGCUCAGGAGGUGCCCCAAUGUACUUCUUGACCGAUGCAAGGGAGAAUCGCAUUCAACGAAUGGCAAUGGGGAAUCUACUUCGGCAGUGUAAAGUUAUCACGCCUGGCGACUGUGUUCUGUCAAUGCACACCUCUGGAAAGUUGUACAGAUCUCUUGACCUCAUCGCCGAGGCUGUCGAAAAUGCCGGUGGUUCGAUAUUUUGUGCCGGCCAUCUCAUGUCCAAUGCUGAGAUUGCCGGCUUGGUUUCCAUAUAUCGCAUCAAUGUCAUCACUGGUGAUUCCGGUCAGAUUCUUCAAUUCGCCAUCCAUGUCUCGUCUUUGCCAGAGGACCAGCGAACCGCAAUAAGAAUCAACAAAAUACUCUACACCUCCGAGGUGUUGGCGCAAGCCCAGCGUGAGUAUAUCAGAUCGGUUCUUGGAGACGUAUCGAUCUGCUCCGCAUUUGCAAGUGCUGAGUCGGGUCCUUGGGCUGUGGGGAAUCAUGCCGUGACGAAACGCGAAGAUGAUGAGUCGGCUGAUUUCAUUUUUGAUACUCGGAAUAUUGUCAUUGAAGUUCUGUGUGAAAGCUCAGCUGGGCAAGACCAUAAAAACUCUCGGGAGGGUAUGAAGCCUUUGCCUGAUGGUGAAAAGGGCCUUAUCGCAGCCACCUCUCUUCAACGUUUGCGAAAUCCUCUCAUACGAUACCUGUCGGGAGAUAUCGGCUCAUUACAUCCCUUGCCCGAGAACGACAUAAUUGAUCCGGCACAUUCAAAACACUUCAAGGUUCUUCGGCUUUAUGGACGCGAUCAACGUUUCAGCUUUAGCUGGCAGGGCGAAUAUUUUGACUUCGACACUCUCCGCCGCUUGAUGCAAUCGCAGGAAUUUUCCAUACUGCAGUGGCAGGUCAUCCGCACUGAAUUGUUCACUUCGGUUCAUAACCUCGAAGUUCGUAUUCUCAGGGAACGAUGCGCGAAUCCAAAGUUAUCCGAUAAUGACCUGGUUGAGAAGUUGAGCAGUUUUUUCUGUGUCUUCCCUGCUAUAAAGGACUAUCUCCAAAUCGUUUUCGUUUCCAGUCUGCAAGAGUUUGAGCGUAGUAAGACUGGUAAUAAGGUGAUACGAUAUGUGAACAUCUAA